AUGGCGGAUCAGGAAGGAGUUGCUCAGCCGGCGGCACAGCCAGAGCUGCCAAUCGGCGAGCCGGAAGCCUUGCAGCCUGCAGCCCCGCUGGAGGAAGAGCAGGCCCAGCAUGUGGAGGACUUCUUGGCCCAGGAGCUUGAGGAGGCUGAUGUGCAGUCCUUGGCCCAGCGGUCCCAGCGGUCCCACUACCAAGAUCCCCUCGUGGAGGCCGCGUUUGACCACAACCAGCGGGCGCAGCGCGAGAUCGUGGAGAGCGUCAGCACUCUUCUGAGCCAGCAGCCCGCCAUGAGCGCAGAACUCCUGAUGCUGCGCCAGGAAGACAUCCAGAAGUUCUCCGUGACGAUGACCCAGGCUCCGGCUGGCUUCCGCCGCCGGUAUGACACAGGGGUCGACUUUAGCUGGGCUCUGGCCGGGUUCAACUUCGUGGUUGGCUCCUUUUACAGGGGCGGCAUCAGAACCCAUGAGUCGCAGUCAGAGAUCUGCGCCUACCUGAAGCUGACGGAUGGCGCCUUGGUCGACCAAGCCCGAGACCUACUUCGGAGGAUCCCGGUCCUGAGCUCCAUCCCCCGGAUUUGGGUCAGGGUCGCUGGUGCUGUCCAAGAGCUUCUUGAGCAGUUCACCGAAGCAGAGGCUGGUGCAGGUGGCGUGUUCAAUUGCCCCAUCCUCCUCUACCCCUGGAUGAUGAACGGAGCUGCGCGGGGGUACAACCUUCGUGAGCAACGGGACUGCGUGGGCAAAAAGCUGAAGCCGGCUGGCGCUGAUUGGGCUGGAUGGGCAUUGCCAAUGUCUGCAGAGGGCAACCUGUUGCACGUCGCCCUCUACUGCAGGGACGUCCUGAAGUUCGCUGAGGCCUUCUUGGAUCGGACCCAGAUUGGGGUGCAACGAGUGGCCCCUAGGUCCUUGGAUGCUUUGGCACAGGGGGAGGAAGGGGCGCUCAGUGUUGAGGAUGGCAACAGGAGGAUCUUGGGCCAAAGCUUCUUCCUGCGUGGGUUCGCCACAGUGCGCGAGAUGCAGGAGGCGACGGGGGUCCAAUAUGCUGUGACAUCUGGCCAGACAUUGCGGAACGAAGACCUGGCCAUGCUUCACCGCCUUGAUCGUGGAACCCUCCAAUUCUUCAACUAUGGCGCAGUUCCUGGCCCCGGUGCCCGCAGUGUGUGGGUUACUGCAGAAGGCGGCGGUUGGUUCUACGUUUUGACUUACAAGGAGGCACAGGUGGCACAGAGAUCACGCAGGGAAGUCACGGUGGUGUGGACCGGAGCUACUUCUGAAGAGUUUGAUUUGCUCUGGGAUGGCAUGGCAGUGGACCGUGCGAUGGUGGCUCGGCAUGCGAACAUCAACAAUGUCUUAGCCAUGAGGUUGACGCGCAUGGAUGAUGCUCGCGGGAGGCCGUUCAUGGUCCACUUGGCCCGAUGCAAUCGGUGGCCACGCGGCCUCGAUCUUGGCAUGAUGGACAGCGGCAACAGGGGCCCUGACUACUGCUUCAGCACUUUCAGGGAGAGUGGCAGCAUGGAUGAUGCUGUGACCGCUCAUCAGCGUCGUGGCAACCGUGGUGGUGGUGUCCGACCUGGUGGAUCUGGUGAUGGAGAUGGAUGGGGCCAACGUCAAGGACAAGCUCAGUGGGGCCAAGCUGCGCCUCAGGCACAGCAACAGUGGGGCCCAGCUCAGCCACAGACACAGUGGUGGCCACCUAGCACUGUGCAUUUUGGACAGUCAACUGUUCCACCUGCCAGUGCUGCUCCUGCUGCGCAGACCCCCACACAGGGCCAGCCACAGGGCCAGCCACAAGGCCAGCCACAGGCCGCACAGGGCCAGCCACAGGCCGCACAGGGCCAGCCAGCGCAGGCGCAGGCGAAGCCCGCUCCGCCACGCCCUCCCCAGAAUGAUGGCGGUUGGGAUUCCUGGAACUUGAACUGA